AUGGAGCCGCUAAGCGAGAACGGGCUUUGCCUCAGCGAAUUAGAGCUGCACGGAGGAGGACAUCUGCACGAGUCCGUGGCGGCUUCCGUGGGGUCCGCUAUAUCCAGUCUCAUGGCGCCACUACAUCAUGAGCCCCAGCAUGCACCCUUGCACCAUGCCCCACCGCUGCACCACGAACCGCUGGAGAAGUUAAAACUAUGGGCUGAAACGGGAGAGUUUCGGGACAGCGGGCAUUCCUCACUAACCUCUGGAGGUUCGGGAGUCGACCAAUCUUCCCUCUACGCGCCCCCACGACCACGGAGAGAUAGGAAACUCACAGAUGACAAUCGACCUAUGACGGAACCCACGAUAAAAACGGAAUCAACGACACCCGGUGUAGGACCUGACGAGCCUCUAGACGACAAAGGAGACAAGAAGAACAAGCGGCAACGGAGACAAAGGACCCACUUCACCAGCCAGCAGCUUCAAGAGUUGGAGGCCACCUUCGCGAGAAAUCGCUACCCUGAUAUGUCUACGAGAGAAGAAAUCGCCAUGUGGACGAAUCUUACUGAAGCGAGAGUUAGGGUGUGGUUCAAGAACCGGAGAGCGAAGUGGCGGAAGCGUGAGAGGAACGCAAUGAACGCAGCGGCAGCGGCUGCAGCGGAUUUCAAGAACGGUUUUAGCACGCAAUUUAACGGGCUGAUGCAACCAUUCCCCGAUACGGACGCUUUGUACUCGUCAUAUCCUUACAACAAUUGGGCGGCGAAGGUCCCCAGUCCGUUGGGCACUAAAAGCUUCCCGUGGCCCGUGAAUCCUCUGGGCUCGGUGGUACCGGCGAGUCAUCAUCAGGGUUCGGUAAAUUGCUUCAACACAGCGACAUCUAUGGGCGGAGUGGGUGGUAGUUCGAUGGCCGUAGCUGGCUCGGCGAGCGUGGGUGGCGGGGUUGCGCCGUGCCCUUACACGGCUCCACCAAACCCCUACAGCAUGUAUCGUGCCGAACCUUGUCCCGCGAUGUCGUCGUCAAUUGCGUCGCUGCGUCUGAAAGCGAAGCAGCAUUCCUCGAGUUUCAGCAGCGGUUACGGAACAGUGUCGCCGGUGUCCCGGGCCGGAUCCGCUCCGCUUUCCGCUUGUCAGUACGCGGCGGGCGGGGUAGCGGACCGUGUGCUCUGA